AUGAGGGAUCUAGAAGGGUUGCAGUCUGUUCUGGCUGCGUCGGGAGACUUUACGCCCAAUUCUGACCCUUCUAGUCGUUUAUUAUCACAAUCACAUCAGCCAUUCUGCGGCGAUGCAGAGGGUUGGGGCCCAGUGAGCUCCCUGCGAUGGGAUCUCACACCAUGCUUCCUUGACGUUUGGAUUCUGGGGGUCGCUCUUUGGGGUGUGCUAUUUGGUGCUGGAGCUUUGUGGUAUUUGUUCACCAAACGCAUCGCCCAGGAUGUACCCAAAAACUGGCAUUUCCAUACAAAACUAGCCGUCCUCGGUGCCAUCAUCCUCACGACCGCCCUUCAGGCCUCUCUGCAGAUUGAACAAUUACCUGGUGUUUGGUUUCAAGACAUCCGAUUCUAUACCUCGAUCGCCACAAUUAUCUCGCUCCUAGUCAUCGCCACGGUACAAUACCAUGAGCAUUCGCGGUCGCGGAAUCCAAAUGGAGUUGUGCUGUUCUACUGGGUCUUCUUCAUUCUGGCUUAUGGAGUGAAGCUGCGUUCGCUGGUGUCGAGGGAAUCAUACAAGGAUCGGCUUCCAUACUUCAUCACAUUCAACAUCAGUCUCGGCCUAGCGGUGGUGGAGUUCAUUCUCGAAUAUCUGGUUCCGAAGAAGCAGAGCGUUUACGAUGCGCUGGGGGCGGAUGACGAGUGUCCAUAUGAAUAUGCCGACAUUUUCUCGGUUCUCACUUUUGGCUGGAUGACACCUCUGAUGAAGUUUGGCUACAACAAUUUCCUCACCCAAGAUGAUCUGUGGAAUUUGCGAAAUCGCGAUACUACCAAGGUCACCGGAGACAAGUUGCAGAAAGCUUGGGAGAUCGAGCUGGAAAAGAAGAGACCAAACCUUUGGAUCGCUUUGGGUAGAGCAUUUGGAGGGCCAUAUCUGCGCGGAGCACUGAUAAAAACCGUCAGCGAUUGUUUGGCAUUCGUUCAGCCCCAACUGCUUCGACUUUUGAUUCAAUUUGUCAAUUCUCAUCGGUAUGCCGAACCCGAACCAGCGAUCCGGGGGGUCGUCAUUGCGUUGGCCAUGUUUGCGACUUCAAUCUGCCAGACCGCCGCUCUGCAUCAGUACUUUCAGCGUGCCUUCGAGACUGGCAUGCGGAUCAAGUCCUCGUUGACUGCCAUGAUCUAUUCAAAGUCACUGCGGUUGUCAAAUGAGUCGAGAGCUACAAAAUCCACCGGCGACAUCGUUACAUAUAUGAGCGUUGACCAACAACGACUAGCCGACCUUGCUCAAUGGGGCCAACAGUUGUGGUCAGCACCGUUCCAAAUCACCCUGUGUAUGAUCUCGCUAUACCAAUUGGUUGGAGUCUCAUGCUUGGCCGGAGUUGGUGCCAUGAUCGUCAUGAUUCCUAUCAAUGGCUUCAUCGCGAGAUUCAUGAAGAAGCUGCAACUGUCGCAGAUGAAGUACAAAGACCGUCGCGCCCGACUUAUGACGGAGAUUCUCAACAACAUGAAAAGCAUCAAGCUCUAUGCGUGGGGCUCUGCGUUCAUGGACAAAUUGAGCCAUGUGCGCAAUGAUCUCGAGUUGAAUAACCUUCGCAAAAUCGGCGCCGCACAGUCGUUCGCGACCUUUACAUGGUCUUCAACACCUUUUUUUGUGUCGUGCUCGACCUUUGCGGUUUUCGUCCUUGUCAACAACAAACCAUUGACAACGGAAUUGGUGUUUCCAGCUCUGACUUUGUUCAAUCUAUUGACGUUCCCCCUCACAGUCCUCCCUAUGGUUAUCACGAGCAUCAUCGAGGCAUCAGUGGCCGUGGGCAGAUUGACUGCCUUCUUCACCACGGACGAGCUUCAGGAUGACGCGGUGAGAUUUAUCGACGAGCCCCCCAAACAGGCCGGGGAUGUGUCCGUCUCUAUCAAGGAUGCCACUUUCACUUGGGACAAGAAUGCAGGCAAGAAUGUCCUACAGAACAUCAACUUCACCGCCAACAAAGGAGAACUGACCUGCAUCGUUGGUCGAGUGGGGGCUGGAAAGUCGUCGUUGUUGCAAGCUAUGCUUGGUGAUCUCUACAAAAUCAGUGGCGAGACGGUUGUCCGAGGCCGGAUUGCUUAUGCGGCACAGUCGGCCUGGAUCAUCAAUGCUAGCGUCAAGGAGAACAUCGUCUUUGGGCAUCGAUGGGAUCCUCACUUUUACGAGCAAACAGUCAAUGCCUGUGCUCUUGUUGAUGAUUUCAGACAACUUCCGGACGGAGAUCAGACAGAAGUCGGAGAACGUGGCAUAUCUCUGUCUGGAGGCCAAAAGGCUCGACUUUCCCUAGCGCGAGCCGUGUACGCAAGGGCAGAUGUCUAUCUUAUGGACGAUGUUCUCUCCGCUGUUGACCAACAUGUCGGACGCCAUUUAAUUAACAAUGUGCUAGGUCCCAAUGGGCUUCUGAACGGAAAAGCGAGGAUUCUGGCUACUAACGCAAUCACUGUUCUCAAGGAGGCAGACUACAUGUACCUUCUUCGUGAGGGCACCAUCCUUGAAAAGGGAACAUAUCAACAACUCAUGGCCAUGCGAGGCGAAAUUGCAACGCUGAUCAAGUCCGCUACGGCAGAAGAGGCUGAGUCCGAGGGAGAACGCAGCCCAAGCAUAGAAGGAAUGGAGUCCGACGACUCGACAACCAUCGUCGGGGCCAACGGUGGCAGCAUUGAGGACGAACUAGAUGACGAGGAAGUCGAGGAAUCGCAACAAGAAGUCGGCGGGCUGGUACCUAUCCACGCCGGACCCAGUGGUCCCUCGAAAGCCCGCAAAUCCAGCUUCAAUACUCUCCGUCGUGCUUCGACAACCAGCUUCCACGGACCCAUGGGCCGUCUCACAGAUGAAGAACAUGGUGGUGCACAACUGAAGAGCAAGCAGACCAAAGAAAUUGCCGAGCAGGGUAAAGUGAAAUGGUCAGUCUACACAAGCUACGCGAAGGAAAGCAAUCUCGUCGCUGUGGGGAUCUACUUCCUCGCUCUCCUGGCCGCUCAAACGGCACAGGUUGGAGGCAGCUUCUGGUUAAAGAGGUGGUCCGAGAUCAACGAGUCGCACGGAUCGAACCCUCAGGUGGGAAAGUACAUUGGCAUUUACUUUGCAUUUGGCAUCGGUGGUGCCGGACUGGUCGUCAUUCAGACUCUGCUUCUCUGGAUUUUCUGCUCGAUAGAGUCGUUGAUCGCAACGGUCACGUCAAGAGAUCAUGGUGCAGGCACGCGAAACAUGGCUUCGAGAAAACUACACGAUCGCAUGGCAUACGCAAUAUUCCGAUCACCCAUGAGUUUCUUUGAUACCACUCCAGUGGGACGCAUCCUGAACCGAUUCUCAAGUGACAUCUACCGUGUUGACGAGGUUAUCGCACGCACAUUUAACAUGCUCUUUGUCAAUACCGGUCGCGCACUUUUCACAAUCGGCGUCAUUGCUGCUUCAACGCCGAUCUUCCUGGUCAUGGUGCUGCCUCUGGGCUUCAUCUACAUCAUCUACCAGAAAUACUACCUCCGCACCUCGAGGGAGCUGAAACGGCUUGACAGCGUUAGUCGCAGUCCGAUCUAUGCACACUUCCAGGAGUCACUGGGUGGCGUCUCCACCAUUCGUGCAUAUCGCCAACAGAAGAGAUUCGCUCUGGAGAACGAGUGGCGCAUGGAUGCCAACCUGCGGGCAUACUUUCCCUCGGUUAGCGCCAAUCGCUGGCUGGCCGUCCGACUGGAAUUCAUUGGGUCCGUCAUUAUCCUUUCGGCUGCUCUUUUCGCCAUCAUCUCGGUGGCAACUGGAAGCGGCCUGUCGUCCGGCAUGGUGGGCCUUGCGAUGUCAUAUGCCCUGCAGAUCACUCAAUCCCUGAACUGGAUUGUCCGCCAGACGGUCGAAGUGGAGACGAAUAUCGUGUCGGUGGAGAGAGUCCUGGAGUACGCCAGCUUGCCCAGUGAAGCUCCCGAUGUCAUUUUCAAGAGCAGACCGAGCAUUGGAUGGCCCGCACAAGGGCAGAUCACCUUCAAGAAUUAUUCUACGCGAUAUCGAGAAGGUCUGGAUCCCGUCUUGAAGGAUAUCAACCUCAACAUCAAGCCUCACGAAAAGAUUGGCGUGGUCGGGCGCACGGGGGCAGGCAAGAGCUCAUUGACAUUGGCGCUCUUCCGGAUCAUCGAGCCGAUAUCUGGCGCUAUCAGUAUCGACGGGCUCAAUACUUCAACGAUUGGGUUGCUAGAUCUGCGACGGCGGCUUGCCAUCAUCCCUCAAGACGCCGCGUUAUUCGAAGGCACGAUUCGUGAUAAUUUGGACCCGCGCCAUGUGCAUGAUGACACCGAACUGUGGAGUGUGCUUGAACACGCUCGUCUCAAGGAGCAUGUCUCAAGCAUGCCAGGCCAAUUGAACGCCGCCAUUCUUGAAGCUGGUUCCAAUCUAAGUCAAGGCCAGCGUCAACUAGUCUCCCUGGCGAGGGCGCUACUCACACCCAGCAAUAUCCUGGUCCUGGAUGAGGCAACAGCAGCGGUGGAUGUGGAGACAGACAGAAUGCUUCAGGCCACGCUUCGAAGCACCAUUUUCCAGAACCGCACCAUCAUCACCAUUGCACAUCGCAUCAAUACCAUCCUGGACUCGGAUCGUAUCGUAGUGCUGCAACAAGGGCGGGUAGCGGAGUUUGACACCCCAGAAGAGUUGAUCAGGAAGCGGGGCCUAUUCUACGAGCUUGUGCGUGAAGCUGGGCUGCUCGACGGGUUCGGCAAUGGUACUGCAAAUGCAGACCAGCAUUAG